AUGGACGCUGUGGAACUUGCCAGAAAGCUGCAAGAGGAGGCCACUUGCUCCAUCUGCCUGGACUACUUCACGGACCCCAAGAUGGCCUCCUGUGGCCACAACUUCUGCCAUGACUGCAACUGCCUGAGCUGGGAGAAGGCAAAAGGCAAGAAGGGGCAGAGGAAGCAGAAGGGCUCCUUCACCUUCCCGGAGUGCAGGGAGAUGUCCCCGCAGCGGAAUGUGCGGUCAAACCACAUGCUCACCAAGGUGGCCGAGAUGGCAUGCCAGCACCUGGGCCUCCAGAAGCAGGACCUGUGCCAGGUGCACCAGGAGCCCCUCAAGCUCUUCUGCCAGGAGGACCAGAGCCCCAUCUGCAUGGUCUGCAGGGAGUCGCAGAAGCGCCGGCUGCAUAUGGUGGUGCCCGUUGGGGAGGUCGUGCAGGAGUACAAGUGUCUAGGGACAAGAGAACUGUGCGUGCCCACCACCCGCACCCUCCGUGUCACACGGAAUCGAAAGGCCAGACUCCGUCCUCGUGUGUUUAGUGAGGAGAGACCACGGAAAAGCUCCAGCCGGGAAGCCCAGGGAAAGCCAGUCGUCUACACUGGGAGCCAGGCCGCCUACAUCUGCGGCCAGGCCAUCUACACACAGAGCCAGGCCAUCCACAUUUGCAGCCGGGCCAUCUACACCCAGAACCAGCCAUCCGCACCUGCAGCCAGGCCGUCUACACGCAGAGCCGGCCAUCCGCACCUGCAGCCGGGCCGUCUACACCCAGAGCCGGCCAUCCGCACCUGCAGCCGGGCCGUCUACACCCAGAGCCGGCCAUCGGCACCUGCAUCUGGGCCGCCCAUACUCGCACCCCCAGGAGAUGGCAGGAAGGACUCUGACAUGGGUUGGUCAGGGUUAGGGGGCGGCAUGUCGGGGCUUGGUAAUAUCCCCCACGCCGCCCCAGGGGAACAGACCUACCUGUCGCCUCCCCGCAGCCCAGCCUGCCCCGCCCACCGUCUCCGCCUAAGCCCGACGCCCCCUCUCCUCAACCCUGGACCCGAUGCCGACGAUGCCCGGGAGAGCCGGCGCCCCCUUUCCUCCCUUAUCCCCCAGCCCCUCCCCACCAGCAAACCUCCUGUCCAUCCCUCUGCCCAGGCCAAGGCGGCACCCACUCCCGACUGUCCCAGGACGCAAGGCUCCUCCACUCUCCUCCCUUCCCCCCCCCUGACCCAGCUGACGCCACAAAGUCCGCCGCGGCCCGGCCAUCGCCGAUCAGCCCCGGACGCCGGGCGUGGUGCUAGGGCCACCUCCCUGUGUGUGUCUGGGCUGAAGCUGGCAGAGGACAUGAAAUAUCUUCAGGAGGAGAUGAAGAUGAUGCAGAAGCUCCAGGCCAAGGAGGAGCAGACCUUAGCCAAGUGGCAGGUGAGUGCCGGAGCUNCGGCCAUCGCCGGUCAGCCCCGGACGCCUGGCGUGGUGCGAGGGCCACCUCCCUGUGAGUACCGGCCCUGCAGGCCACCCUCCUGCGGCCUCUGGGUCAGAACCCCGGGUCCACCCCCGCCUUCUAACGGCGGCGCCUUCCCACCCCUCCCGGCCGUCCUGUCCCUGCAGAGGGUGAUACGAGCCAUGGACGCUGUGGAACUUGCCAGAAAGCUGCAAGAGGAGGCCACUUGCUCCAUCUGCCUGGACUACUUCACGGACCCCAAGAUGGCCUCCUGUGGCCACAACUUCUGCCAUGACUGCAACUGCCUGAGCUGGGAGAAGGCAAAAGGCAAGAAGGGGCAGAGGAAGCAGAAGGGCUCCUUCACCUUCCCGGAGUGCAGGGAGAUGUCCCCGCAGCGGAAUGUGCGGUCAAACCACAUGCUCACCAAGGUGGCCGAGAUGGCAUGCCAGCACCUGGGCCUCCAGAAGCAGGACCUGUGCCAGGUGCACCAGGAGCCCCUCAAGCUCUUCUGCCAGGAGGACCAGAGCCCCAUCUGCAUGGUCUGCAGGGAGUCGCAGAAGCGCCGGCUGCAUAUGGUGGUGCCCGUCGGGGAGGUCGUGCAGGAGUACAAGUGUCUAGGGACAAG